CGAGCAGGAUGGGCCGUUCGGGCAAGUUGCGCUCUGGCACGGCCGGUAAACUCAAGCGUUGGCGCAAAGGGCAUAGCAGCGACAGCAAUCCGGAGGGACGACGUUAUCGCCUGGCCGCACGUGGUCGUCUGCUCGCCCCCCGGUCGGAAAACAGCAACCUGACUGUAGAUGCCCUGAAACUACAUAAUGAACUGCAGUCAUCAGGACCUGUGCCUAGAGAGAGUGCUAAGCCUUUUAUGGAGGAAGAUGAUAACAGUGAAGCUGCUAAGACUCACAAAUCAUCUGCAACUUUCCUGAGUGGCUUGACUGACUGCACCAAUCUCACCUUCAGCAGAGUGCAGCGUCUUUGGGAAUCCAACUCUGCUGCCCAUAAGGAGAUAUGUGCAGUAUUGGCUGCAGUCACAGAGGUAAUCCGAUCACAGGGUGGUACAGAAAGUGAGACAGAGUAUUUUGGUGUACUGAUGACUACUCUGGAAGCUGUGGAAUCUCCUGAAUCCCUGGCUGCUGUUGCUUAUCUGUUGAAUUUAGUACUGAAGCGUGUACCCAGCCCCGUACUGAUCAAGAAAUUCUCUGAUACCUCCAAGGCUUUUAUGGGGAUUCUGGGCUCACAAGCUUGUGGAGACUCUACUUUGGCUCUACGAUGGGUCCUCUCCUGCCUAGCUACAUUGCUGCGAAGACAAAAUCUGGGGACAUGGAGUUACCCUGUGACAAUACAAGUUUUCCAUGGCCUUCUCAGCUUCACAGUCCAUGUCAAGCCCAAGGUCCGCAAGGCUGCUCAGCAUGGUGUUUGCUGUAUCCUCAGAGGCAGUGAGCUCCUAUUUGGAGAUGGAGCUCCGUUACACCACCCAGCUGCACUGUCUACUGCUAAGUUCUGCGUGCAAGAAAUUGAGAAAUCUGGAGGUGCUAAGGAGGCCACAACAACUUUGCAUGUGCUGACUCUGCUGCGUGAUUUACUGCCCUGUUUUCCUGCUCCAGCUGUCAAAUCUUGCUGUGAGACCUUGCUCCGAGUUAUGACCUUGAGUCACGUACUAGUGACAGCAUGUGCUAUGAAAGCUUUUCAUAGCCUCUUUGCUGCCCAGCCAUCUCCAUUGGGUCUGCCAGCUGAACUUAAUGCCCAGAUCAUCAUGGCCCUUUAUGACUAUGUACCCCAUGAGAAUGACUUGCAGCCUCUGUUGGCCUGGCUGGCUGUCAUGGAGCGGGCACACGUCAACCUAGCAAAGCUGCAGUGGGAUCUGUGCUGGGCUCAUCUUCCUCGUCUCUUCAGCGUGGCUGUGAACUGUUUCCUUUCUCCUCACGGCCAGGUUGUGGCUGCUGCUGCCCAGACCCUAAUGGUUUUGCUCAAUGAGUGUGUGGCCCCUCACAUGGCAGAACUAGGACUGGUUUCAUCUGCAACUCCCUCUGGAUCUGCUGCUCAUGUUUGCAAGAUAUUCAGAGCAGUGGAAGAGGGUCUGACAUACCAGUACCAUGCAGCAUGGGCCUCUGUGUUGCAAGUGCUGAGGGUUUUCUUUGAAGCGUGUGGGCAGCAGUGUCAUCCUGUAAUGCAUAAGUGUCUACAGUCCCUAGCUGAUCUGCGUAGCUCCUCACACUUUCCCCACAGUGUGUUGCUUGACCAGACUCUGGGGGCCGCAGUGGCCACUAUGGGCCCUGAGGUGGUGCUGAAGGCAGUGCCCCUCAAUAUUGAUGGCACAGAAGAGACACUGGAUUUUCCUCGCAGUUGGCUCCUUCCUGUGCUCCGAGACCACAUCCAAAGUGCACCACUUGCCUUUUUCUCCAGUCAUUUCCUGCCACUUGCUGCUUCUCUAAAAAACAGAGCCACAGAGCUUGCCCAGGCAGGUCAGGACUUAGAAGCUAAGAUCUACGAUACACUCCAGUGGCAAGUCUGGACCCUGCUGCCUAGUUUCUGCAACCAUGCUACAGAUGUGGCAAUCUCGUUCAAAGGUUUGGCUCGCACUCUGGGCACGGCUAUUAGCGACUGUUCUGAUCUGCGGCAGAUAGUGUGCCAAGCUCUGCGCAGGCUAAUAAAUAAGGGCUGCCAAACAGAGGCUGAGCGGGCUGAGGUUGGACGCUUUGCAAAGAAUUUUCUGCCCAUCAUGUUCAAUGUAUACAGCCAAGAAGGUGAUGAUGGUGAGAGCUCUGUGCACCGUCGCUCUUUACUGGACACCAUCCGGGCCUACUUGACAGUUACUGAAGCACGGAUGGUGAGUUCCUUCCUGGAGAAAGCUUGUGAGAAACUGACCAGUCCUGAUAGUUCAGAAUUCACUAGGCUUUCCAUUUUGGAUCUUGUUGUAGCUAUGGCUCCCUAUGCUGAUGAGUCAUCUCUGCAUGCCCUGUAUGGCAACAUCCAAUCCUCCCUGCAGAACAAAGAUCAUAGAAUACAGAAAAAGGUUUAUCGAGUGCUGGAGGAAGUGUGUGCCUCUGACCGACCUGCAUGUCAUAAUUUUGUGCGAAGUCAUUUGGAGGAACUGAAGCAUGCUCUACUGGGCUCCCUGACCAGUGCAACUUCACCUGCCAAGAGACCCCGGCUGAAGUGCCUCUUCCAUGUUAUCAAACAGCUGACAGUGGAACAUGAAGAUUUUGUCACAGCCCUGCUACCAGAGGUGAUCCUCUGCACCAAAGAAGUGUCUGUGGGUGCUCGCACAAAUGCUUACAAUCUGCUGGUAGAAAUUGGUCGCACCUUUAUACGCUUCAGUGUCACUUCAAAUGAUGGAAUACAGCGUUAUCUCCUCCUGGUCUAUGCAGGCUUAACUGGCUCUGUCACUAUGAUCAGCUGCACUGUGCUUGCUCUUACCCGUCUGCUGUAUGAGUUCAAAGAACAUAUUGGGUCAGAUGAUCUGGAGCAGCUGGUGAAACAUGUUUGCCUCAUGGUAGGCUCACGAACACGGGAUGUUGUCAAAUCAGCUUUGGGAUUCCUUAAGGUGGCAGUGUUGCUCUUGGACACAGCAUUACUGGGUCGGCACUUGGAGACCAUGUUAGAAGCCAUUGGAAGAUUGACAGAUGACAUGCGGCGCCACUUCCGUAUGAAGCUGCGAAAUCUCCUUUCCAAGUUGAUCCGUAAAUUUGGGUUUGAGCCCUUGCAGGCUCUGCUUCCUGAGUCAUAUCGCAAAGUACUGCUGAAUAUCCGUAAGGCAGACGCAAGGAACCGCAAGCGACAAGCUGUGAAACGGGCUGCAGCCACUUCUACAGAAGAAGGAGGAAUAUUAGCACCAUCUAAGGGAGACAGCAUUGAGGAAGUCUUGGCAGACUCAGAUUCUGAUCUAGAAGAUGUUACAGGGAAACACAAAGGAAGAAAGACCAGAAAAGUGCUAAGGCAACAAAGCCAGGCUUGGCUUAAGGAGGGAGAAAAUGAUGAGCCCCUCAACUUCUUGGAUCCCAAUGUGGCACACAGGGUUUUAGCUACCAGGCCAGGCACUGGCCAAACUGGAAAAGUUAAACAUGAUUUCAAGUUAUCAGCUGAUGGUCGCCUUAUCUUAUGCGAAGAGGAAGAAGAACCUAAAGGACUGAAUGAGGAGUCAACAGAUCCAACGCAGGAAGUUGGGAUCUGGAGCAAAAAGGCUCAGAAACGUCGAUUUCAGGAAGAGGCAGAUGAUGAAGGGCUUGCUGCUGAUACCCAGCCACAAUACAAAGCGGGAGGCAUAGGAAUCCACCGGCCUGUUAGCAAGAAUGCAGCACCUGGGGCAGAAUAUAAAGCAAAGAAAGGCAAAGGUGACAUCAAGAAGAAGGGUGGGCUGGAUCCUUACGCCUACAUCCCCCUGAACAGAGCAAAACUAAACCGGAGGAAGAAAGCCAAACUUCAAGGACAGUACAAGAAUCUGAUGAAGGGGGCUCAGCGUGGUGCCCAGGCAGGCAAGAGACUCUGCAAGAAGCAGACCCAUACCUGAAGGAGAGAAAGCCACCCAAAAUUUAUCUGGAAAGCAAUCCUUUCAGGGCAUUUGACUGUGGGUCUUGUUGCUGCUACCUCACAGUCUGAGUUAUUUCCAAAGCUGGAACUUGCUCAUUAUUCCUGCAUGUUGGCUAUACAUGAUAUUUUUUUCAGCCGAAGGAAGAACAGUAAAAAAAUACAUACACAUCUGUUCCCCCUUCUGUUAUUUAUGGAUCCAUGUAAUAGGGGUUUUCUUGUCAGUUGUUGCUCUAGUUCCUUCCUCAGCUAUGUGCAUCUCAGCAAGUCUAGAACUUUGGAUAAGAGACUGAUUAUUGCUUCCUAAUGAAAACUUGAGCAAUAAAUAGUAUAAUAAAUUCUGUUUCCUCAGUAUAAUCCUCAGACACUGGUCCUGUGAAAUCUGCUUUUCUGUCUAUUUUCUCUGGUUUAGAUUAUUUGAAGCCACUUGCUGUUUUUAUUUGGUAACUUCUACAAAGUCUCCGAGAAGUCUAGAUUUAUUUGGUAGAAGGUAAGAGCAGAGGUUAAUGGUUCAUAGUGAUGAAUCAGUACUAGUUUUAAAAAAAACUAGUACUUCCAAGGAGAACUUAGAGCUGUGAAUAAUGACCUGACCUUCUGAACAAAAUCCUGCCUCUUGGUAGAUCUUCUCUUGCUACCAUCAGGUCUAGACACAGCCCCAUAUCUGAGACUAGCUAGUGUCAUGUGGAAAAGCUAACUUCUACAGCCAAAUGUGUGGUUUAGGUUUUGCACACAUUUUCUGAUUUGCUGUAUGCAAGAAUAAGAAACCCUGCCUUCCAAACAUGGAACAUGGAAACAGUGAUCAGUGGCAAUAAUUCUAUGAAGACAAAAUGAAAUGUAAAGUUCCAUCAUUGGUUCUCCAGCCAUUUUCAUUUAAAAGCAUUGAGAGUGGUUCUGAAGCUGUGCUCUAGCAGGUUUAAACUCUUCUCCAUGCUACUUCACUGAGCUAAGCUGCCUUCUUGCUGGCAUGAGAACUAUACGAGAAAAUAUGACAGUAGCAGACUACAGCACAGCUGUACUAAUAUACACCAUCUUGGUUGCACUAUUGCAAGAGACAAGAAUCAGAGCCUAGAAAUUCUUCUGACCAGAGACUAAUGCUAUACUGGAUGGAGAGUCUUAUUUCUCCUGAGAAAACACAUCUUGGAUAUAGGAUGGUGCUUUCAAAGUAUGCUGGACAUUGCUUUAGAUAUGAUUAAAGAAGAUGCAUGUGCUGAUUUUCUUGUUACCACCUACUAGUGGCUAUGCUUCAGAGCUGAGGUACCAAGGAGAAGGAAUUUAACCCUUUCACCCAGAAUUUCCUAUCAAAAGCUCUGGUUAGUCGUAGAUAUGUGUAUGUAUGCAAAUAGUUGCUAUUAGCCAUGAGCCUCACAUAGAAAAAGUUACAGGCAUCAUUUUUUCCUAUGUAGGAACUUGAACUACAGAGGAACUACUGAUUUAAGCCCUCCCCCAAUGCAGGUAGCCCUCUAGCUUUUUGGAAGAAUAAAGAGGUUAAAGAUGUCUCCACACACAGGGAGGAUUUCAGCUGUUGUUUGAGGGUGCUUUGGAAUUAUUUGAAGAACAGCUGCUGCUCAUUCACUCCCUACUUGCUAUGGAAACCUUGCCAUUCUUUGGGAGGAUAUUCUUCAUUAGAGUACAUCCCUUUGGUUAAAAAGCUUAAUAUAAAGCCGAAUAACAGCUUGCAUGGCAGCUGUGCGCUUGUUAUUUUCAGAUUGAGUUAGUUGGCACUGUGAUUUCACAGGGAGGAGGCCACUGAAAGGUGGAAUAGCAAAGAAGUUGCCUGUUUCCAGAGAAAGUAAUGCCUGAUGUAUUCAUUAUUUUAGUCCAAUAUGAAUAAUAAACCCUGAACACAAUCUAAAAAGGA